AUGGCGGCAGGUAGCAAUGGAAAAGUGGUGGAUUCUAAAGCGAAUGGGAUAAAGGGCGGCACUGCUAUUCCCGCAUUGCCACCAGCAAAGAGCAAGAAUGAUGAGAAAAAGAAGAGCAUCAUUUUUACCAUCUUCAGUCUGGGUACUAUUACCCGAAUCCUCACUUGGUACUCGAUAAUCACAGUAUUACUACGAUGUCCUGAGACCCUCGACCUCGUCACAGAUACCACCCCUCAAAUCUGCAAGCCAUACUUUCAAUUACGAUCAACCGUUGUACCUCAUCUCGAACCAUAUUACGACUCAUAUGCCGCACCAUAUGUGAAUGUCGCCAAGCCCUACUAUCAGUCCCUCGACAAGAGAGUCAUUGCACCGGCGACUGCCUUGGCUAUGAAAUACGGUGCUCCCAGAGUGGCACAAGCACAAGCAUAUGGUCAAGCAAAAUGGGAGAAAACAUUACAGCCCGAGGUAUUGAAAUACCAAGCGAUCGCGAAGGCUAGAUACGAUCGAACAUUGGCUCCUCAUUGGAACAAGGUUACGGAGGCGAGUGGUCCAUAUCUCAAUUUGGCCAAGAUGAAUGCCUUACAAACAUACCAGGAACUUGUUGUUCCAACGUUCAAUCUUGUACAACCAUAUGCCGUUCAGAGUUAUGGAUACGCGAAUGAUUUUGUCGUAGGCACCGGGAUUCCUUAUACAAAGUCGGCCUUGACCUCGACUGGGGUAUUUUUGGAUAGAAAGGUUUGGCCCAAAUUGAGGAUUUUAUACGGCGAAAAUGUGGAGCCACAGUUGGUACGGAUUGGAGAGAGAUUAGGUAGAUAUAGGGAUGGCAAGAAAUUACAGGCUGUGGUAGACAGUGUUGUUUCAUCGUCUUCUGCUUUCUCUGCCUCUUCCACACUCUCAUCGCUUUCUUCUUCAGUUUCAUCUGCGCACGCUACAGGUACAUCCUUGAGCUCCAUUUCCUCUUCAGCUUCUACUUCCUCUACCAAAACACCUGAAAAUAAGCCCUUGAGUGAAGACGAGAUUAGAGAAAAUGCUCGAAACGUUGUUGCAAAAGAUCUUAAAACCUGGCAAGAAAAAUUCUCCAAAGCUGCAGAUGAGGGCUCCGACGAAAUUGAUGAGAGAGUGACCGAGAUUACUGAAAGGCUGGUUCAAAAUCAAGCCAAUAAGGUAGGAUCUGCACUUCUCAUCGAAUUGGAAGAAGCCAUCAAUGCAAACCUCAAGUCCCUUAAAUCCAGCAUAAUUUCAAUCAUACAAUCUGAAAAGACUGGGGAAGAAGCCGAGGAUUCCCUCAACACUGCCGUCCGAAAAGCAGGAGUUGCAAUUAAGGAGAAGGCUCAGGCCGUCAGAACUUGGCGGCAAAGCUUCGACAUGGAGACCAGUUCUCUCAUUGCCAAAUCAGUCAAAGAUACAUUUGAUAUAAUCGACCACAUAAGAGAUUUGGGUUUACAAGAAAUUGGAAUGCGAUGGGCCUGGACCGAUGGAAUCACUCAUAAAGAUUGGACUAAAUAUCAUGCUUUGAAGAGUAAAUUCGAAGAGUGGCGACUUGAUGUUGAAAAGGUCGUCACCGAACACCCGGGUCUCGCGAAAGCUCGAGCAGCCUCAGAAGAUGUGGAGAGCAAAGCCAUGGGGUUGGCCGAAAACGCAGCCAUUGAACUUUCCCGUAUCAAAGAAAUUGGAAAAUGGAAGGUAUCAAGCGGCGACUCCAGUGAUGAUUUUAGCACUAAAUACAUUCCACCCGCUGCAUCCGUCGCAAGUCAAAAAGUUAUCGAGAAAAUUAACGACGCGAGCGAGGCCAUUGCCGACACUACAGAAGAGACUCUAGAAUCCGUCUCAUCAUUGGCUGAUGAGGCGGCUUCAUCGAUCUCUUCAGGUGUCAUCGGGACCCCUCAAGGAAACGUAGAGAGUGUUGCAUCUGUGGCCAAGGACUCAGUGAGCAAUGUUGUUGACCAAAUUUCAAGCACUGUCAUUGGUACCUCACAGGGAAGUAUCGAAAGUGUCAGCUCGGUUCUUGGCGAAAGUAUCGAAAGUCUUUCAAUGAAAGUAUCUUCGUCUGUAGUUGGUAAGCAACCAGGAGUGGUAAGCCAAGCGUCAAGCAGCGUCCUAUCGGCAGGUUCUGCAGUUUCCAACAGUGUAUCUCUUAGCGAUGCGAUCUCCGAUCAAGCAUCAACUGUGUCACAAUCUCUAGAGUCCGCAUCAUCGUCUAUUGCAAGCUCAUUAUCGAAGAGUGCAACUGAUGUUACCAGCUCCCUGACCUCAGCUGCUUCAGCCGCCUCAAGCACGGCGUCCAAGAAAGUUUGGGGCGGAGCCAUGGCUGCUCAUGUCGAAGCAAGGGAGAUCAUCUUUGACGAUGUGAUUGAUGAUUCCGACGAGGAAACUUACAGUGAGAAGAUACAAAGUAUGGCAAGCGUCGCCGGAGACCGAUUUAGUGACAUGACAAGAGCAGUCAGCGAAGCCUUACUGAAACCUAGCAGCACAAAAAAGCUUGGUGCUGAACAAUAUUCUAGUGCUUUGGCUGCCGCGAGUUCAGUACUCUAUGGAACAGAACAAGGUAUUGGUGAAAGUGUUGCUAGUGUUGCUACAAGUCGUUAUUCUGACGCCGUUUCUGCUGCCAGCUCUGUGAUCUAUGGUACACCCGCGCCAAUCCUUGAUUCUGCUACAAGCUCGGCUAAGGCAGUGUAUCAUGACGCAUUAUCAAGGGCAUCUGAGCACUACUCACAAGCAAAAUCUGUUGUCUCUGCUCAAGCUUCAGGAUCUCCAAAGCCCGUUCACCAGGAAAUGUUUAGUUCUGUCGAAUCCGCUUAUUCUGAUUCCGUCAAUGCUGCUAGUUCUAGGCUUCAACUUGCACUUUCUGGAGCAUCAACCGCCAUUUAUGGAGCCCCGACAGAUGCCAUGGAAUCGAUUCGAUCCGUAGCUGCAUCCAGAUUAUCUGAAGGCCUAAAAGCUGCUUCUUCUCAGUACGAUGCUGCCAAGAGUCACCUUGGCCCUGCACCUACCCCAGCGGCUCAACAGUUACUUACCCAAGCUCAAAAUCAGUACUAUGCUGGCGUCGGUUUGGCUCAUGUUCGAUACUCCGAGUUCCUUGAGGCAGCAUCUUCAGCUGUUAUGCCAGCUCAAACACCAUUCCAUGCAAGUGUUUAUAAUAGAGCCAGUGCCAGCAUUUUAGGGACUUCAACUCCAGCAUACGAAGCUGCUCUAUCCCAAGCCUCACAAGAUUAUUCGAGUGCUGUCGCAAAAGCUCAAGCCGGAUUUGACAAAGUCCUUAGUCAAGUCGCCAACGUUGCUAGUGAUGCUAUUCCCUCUGCAAAAUUUACGGAUCUUGCAUCCUCGCGUUUUGCCGAGGCUUCAUCUAAAGCUUCUUCAUCUUAUGCAAGCCUUUCCUCCGAGAUAGCUGAAAAGAUGAAAGGGGUUACUUCUAGUAGCGAAACACCACUUCCCGAAUCUAUCGCUUCUGUCGCCAGCAAAAACUGGGAAGCUCUUAUCACGAAAGCUAGUCAGCAAGUCUAUGGCUCCCCCACACCAUACUUCGUGACUGGCAAUUUUCUUUCGAAUGUUCAACAAUAUGCUGCUCAAGCUACUAACGGUGCGGCCUCUCAAUACUCGGCUGUGCAGUCGCUUGUUAAUGAGCUGGUUUCUGGAAAGGAACCAGAUUUCACCGAAAGCGUUUAUAGUCGCCUGAGCUCCGCUUAUUACACUGGUGCAAGCGAUGCAGUAUCUUCCGCCUCAUCUUACGCGAGUCAGGCUUACGCAUCAGCUAGCUCGGUUGCCAACUCAAUUUUCACUCCUCCCCCUGUAAUCGAGGAGAUUCUUGAUGUCGCUUCCCAUCAUCUUGAUGAGGCUGUCCAAGCUGCCAAUGUCCAGUUCUAUGGCACUCAACUAGGAUAUUCGGAUCAAGCUCGGCUUUCGAUUUCGAACGCCGCUGCUUCGGCUCAAAAGGCCAUUUCCGAAGCAAUCUACGGAACACCUACUGGAAUUUACGAAUCGGCAACCAAGGUUAUUGCAGAGAACUACGAAUCGGCCACUUCCGCGGCUGCAAAUUCUUACUCGGCUGCACAAGCAAAGGUCUCGGAAGCUAUCUAUGGCCACGAACAGGGGGCUGUGGAGAGUGCGCAAUCAAGACUAAAUUCCGCAGUGGAGUCAGCACGGGCCAGAUUAAAUGAGUUUGCAUCAAGCGUGGGAGAGGGCGGAAACGAAGCACUUAGUAAAGCAAGUGAGGGAGUUGAACAGAUGGCUAGUAGUGUGGGAAGCGUCGUUGGAGAGGCUACUGAGGCUGUGAUUGGAAAAAAGGAUGAAUUGUGA